UGACGUGAGCGAUCCUCCUGUUUGUUUGUGUAGCUCGAGGAUGAAAAUGGCGGUGGGGAGAGAUCAACGCGAGAAUUAAACACACAAAUGACCAUUUGACUUGGAUGACAGCAGCACUGCAGCUCCGUGAGGGAAUAAAGAAGUACUUAUCGUCAAUCAAGUGCAUUUACAACAACAAACACCCAGAAUUCAACGGGGAAAAAACUGCGUCCUGGAUUUAAAAUAGCUCCUGAAAUUAGCCCGCUAACCUCGUUAGCUUAGCUAGCCUUCAACUGGAAGGUUUAACGGACACCACAGCACCACAUUAACGGAAUUAUUCUGUCAGAAUAAGAUGAACUCGAAUGCAAGCUCGGUUGUAGGCGCUGAGCUUGUAGAAUUAUUUGCAUUUGACUGAAUGCAUAACUAAUCGCUCCAUCUGGCAGUAUUAGCCAGCAAACAUCAUCCUCCAGCCUUCUCAAAGUUCAACGAGCAUUUGCAAGAGGAGAACGGACUGAACAGGUUGCAUUGAGCACUAAUUUCCUCCUGCCUCCCCUAGUGGGAUGGUUCUGCAUGACAGGGAGGGUAUGGUUCUGUAACCCCCUCUCUGUCCUCCAUAAACCCAGUGGACCACAGCCAUAGUGUUCCCCUCAAUGAACAUCCCUCUGGAGCUCUAGAUCAAGUUACAUUGGGUGUCCAUUCUCUGCUGCCUCCCCCCAGUGGGAUGGUUCUGCAUGACAGGGAGGGUGUGGCGCCAUAGCCCCCUCUCCUUGAGAUCUCUCCCACCUCAUAAACCCAGUGGACCACAGCCAUAGUGUUCCCCUCAAUGAGCAUCCAUCUGGAGCCCUAGAUCAAGUGUGCAUAUGCUCAAAAUGAGUGCUGCAGGGGAAAAUGCCCUUGACCCCAACACCCCAGAGUCACGGAAGAGGAGGGGCUCUCCCUGUGAUACCUCUGGUCCCAGCGUGGAGAAGCGACGGCGGGAGCUGGAAUGCCGCUAUAUUGACGAACUGGCUGAGUUACUAUCGGCCAACAUGAGCGACAUUGCCAGCUUGAACGUGAAGCCGGACAAAUGCCACAUCUUAAAGAGCACCGUGGACCAGAUCCAGCAGAUCAAACGGCGCGAGCAGGAGAAAGCAGCUCUGAUGUCUCCUGAUGAUGAGGUGCAAAAGAGUGACAUAUCGUCCAGCAGUCAGGGCAUGGUGGAGAAGGAAGCCCUUGGGCCACUCCUCUUGGAGGCCCUGGAUGGCUUCUUUUUCGUUGUGAACCGUGAGGGGCGCAUUGUGUUUGUGUCUGAAAAUGUCACCAGUUAUCUGGGUUAUAGCCAGGAAGAGCUGAUGACCUCCAGCGUAUACAGCAUCCUUCAUGUGGGAGAUCACAAUGAGUUUGUGCGCAACCUGCUACCCAAGAGCCUUGUAAAUGGUGUCCCAUGGCCUCAGGAGCAAGGCCGGAGGAACAGCCACACGUUUAACUGCAGGUUGCUGAAAAGGCCUCCAGACGAGGUGGACUCGGAGAACCAGGAGGCCCGACAACAGUAUGAGCUCAUGCAGUGCUUCACGGUCUCUCAGCCCAGAGCCGUGCAGGAGGAGGGCGAGGACCUGCAGAGCUGUUUGAUAUGUAUCGCAUGCCGAAUGCCCCGUCCACCUCAGAUCCCUGUCAGUACGGAGUCCUUCAUCACCAAGCAGGACCCUACAGGGAAAAUCAUCUCUAUUGAGACGAGCGCUCUGAGGGCCACAGGCCGACCAGGUUGGGAGGAUCUGGUCAGGAAGUGCAUCUACGCGUUCUUCCAGCCUCAGGGCAACGAGCCCUCCCAUGCCAAGAAGCUGCUUCAUGAGGUGAUGACCCACGGCACGGCCAUCAGUCCUCUGUACCAUUUCACACUCAGUGACGGGACGUCCCUCAGUGCGCAGACGCGCUGCAAAUUCUGCUGCCCCCAAAACCCAGACGUACAGCCCUUCAUCAUGGGCAUUCACACUAUAGACAGGGAACACAACACUGCUAGCUCUCAGGAAAACACUACCCCCAGCCUUCCAUCUCCUGCUGCCCCACCCUCCCGUUCACCUGCCCUGCAGCCCUCCAGUGACCUCAGCCUCCAUCUCAACAACAGCAACGGCACCUGUGCCACUCCUGGACCCCCCACACCCACUCCACCAGGCUACCUGACACCCAGUCGCAUUGGGCCCUCCCAGCAGGUCAGCAGCCCCUCUCCACUAGGCAGCCCUCUCACAUCCACCCCUACCUCAUUCAUGUCGCCCCGACCUCCACGGGGCAGCCCGGGCCUGGCCAGCAGCCCACGCUUGCCCAGCCAUCCUUUUUCCCCCUCGGCGCCUGGCAUCCAGUCGCCCGCUGGCGGACUGACCAGGCAGCAGUCUGGCGGCGACAGUGUCAGUUUCUCUCUUCCCUCUCCCCUGCCACCCAGACAGACUCCAACCCCCAGCAGCUCCCCGGCACGUCAGCCACCGGCCAAACCGCCAGAAGCAUCCACUGAUGAUUCUAAGACAGUAGGCAACCCUAAACUCAACCAGCUCUUGGAUGGCAACCCCGAUGCGGGUGCCCCCGAACACGACUCCCAACCCCGUCCCGCACCCGUGUCCCAAUGCCCGGGCUCUCACAGCAGCCUGACCGAGCGCCAUAAGAUUCUGCACCGCCUGCUCCAAGACAGCAGCCCUGCAGAUGCGGGCAAGGAGCCCGACAUCAAGAAGGAGCCUCCGACCAGUCCCAAUGCGGCCUUGGUAGCACGGGGGCUCGGGAAGGAGCCCCAGGACCACCAGCUGCUACGUUUCCUGCUGGAUACAGAUGAAAAGGACCUGGAGGACUUGCCACCUCCAGCCGCCCUCAGCCUACAGACUGUCAAGGUGAAGGCAGAGAAGAAAGGGAGCAGAGAGAACGUGCCCUGUGCCGCUGCUGCAGCCACUAACAUGUCUGCAAUCGCCUGCUCACCUCAAUCCAGUGACAAGCCCAGCCCGCAGUUUCCCAGUACUGAUCUGGACACUUUGAACCAGCUCUUGCCCACUCUGAGAAGCUCUGUGGGAGGUAAAUCUAUAGAGGAGCCAGUGCUCGUCCAGCCCAGUGAGGAAAACCUUUCCAUCGGGGUGAAUGUGAAGAGAGAGUCACCAGGAACCUCAAGCCAAGCAUUCCCUGAUGGAUCAAACCUCUCAAAUCAGUCCUCUUUUGAGUUCUGUGACCCCUCUACACCAAACCAAGGUCAGGUCCAGGUGCCGGAUCUUGGGCAGACAGACCCGUUUCAGCCUUCAAAGGAGAGCAGCAGCCCCUUUGCCAGUCCAACCAGCCUCAACUCUUUCAACACCACCACAGGUCUGGCCAAGCUGGAGCUUACUGAUUCUCAGCAGUUCCAACCCUUGUCCCUGGUUGAACCAAUGACCUUCGAUAGCAGCUUGGGCAGCCAGACACAGGCGCCUCUGUCCUCUCCUCAAGAGCAGUGUGUUCCGUGUCCGCUGGAUGAGAUGCUGUGUCCACCCACCACUCCCGAGGGCCGUAACGACGAGAAGGCCCUGCUGGAGCAGCUGGUCACUUUCUUGAGCCGUACUGACGAGAGCGAGCUGGCCGAGCUGGACCGAGCUCUGGGCAUCGACAAGAUUGUUCAAAGUGGAUGCCUCGAACCCGUCACCCAGACCUUUCCUCAGUCUCAACCCCCAACACCUGUACCCAUGGACCCCAAGCUGCCCAGCUACCCCUCUCAGUUCCCUACAUCACCCUCACAGUUCCCUGCUGAGAUGGGCACAGCACAGGGCAUGAGUUUCGGGGCCCCACGGAUGGCGUUUCCAGGCAACGUGGGCAUAACGGUGCGGCCCGGCAUGAACCGAGCUCCUGGUGUGCCCAACCAGCUGCGGCUACCUCCCAACCAGCUGAGACUCCAGCUCCAGCAACGUUUGCAAGGCCCACAGCAGCUCCAGAACAGGCUUGCAGCCAUGGGCCAGUUCCCACAGGGGGGGCAUGUUGCUAUGGCGAUGCGUCAGGGCAUGCAGCAGCCUCAGAUGCCCUCUCAGCCUCCGCUCAACGCUCAGAUGAUGGCGCAGCGGCAACGGGAGCUUUACAGUUUCCAGCACCGUCAGCGGCAGCUUCUGCAGCAGAAGGUCAUGCUGAUGAGGCAGGGGAUGAACACAGGGCCUCUGGGGGCUCAGCGAGUUCCUAAGGGUCCCCAGCAGCAACAGCCGCCACAACAGCAGCAGUUUGGCUUUCCUCCAGGCUACAGUGCCGUGCCUGGGAACACCCCUACCUCCCCGAGCCAUUUUAACCCCAUGGGAGGACCUCUGGACCCCAAGCUGCCUACCAGGGGGGGUAUGGGAAACCAAGGAAUUAUGGGAGGCAUUCAAGGGCAAUUUGGGGGGCCUGUGAACACUCCUGUUCAGCAGGGGCUUUUUCAGCAAUUUGGGGGGCCUGGCAUGAUCCAGCAAGCAGAUCCAUCCUUUGCUCCUGAGCUGAGUCCAACCAGCCCCCUGCUUUCACCUCAGAACUCCACCUCCCAGAGUCCUCUGCUCCAGCAAGCACAGCCUCCACCUGGUUAUCAGUCACCUGACAUAAAGAACUGGCAGCAAGGGGCCAUGGGCAACAACAGUAUGUAUAACCAGGCAGGCCAGCCUGUCUCUCAGAGCUUUGGGCAGCAAGGCGUUUAUAACAACAUGAGCAUCACCGUGUCAAUGGCUGGAGGGUCAGGAGCGGUGAGCACUCUACCUCCUAUUGGACCAUCUGUCGGCAUGGGCAACAAUAACCUUGGCAAUGUUACUUCAAUGUGUAACGAUCAGGUACAGCAGGUUCAGGUGUUUGCUGAUGUCCAGUGCACGGUAAACCUGGUGGGCAGUGACUCCUACCUUAACCAGUCGGGGCCCAUCGGGACCCAGAAAGGCCCGAGCGGGACCCCCACAGCCCAGUCUCAGCAGAAGAGCCUCCUCCAGCAGCUCCUGACCGAGUGAGCCGCCCAUUUACCAUCUGCCAGAGGACUGUCUCCACAUGUAGAGAUUUUUAUUCUUCACCUUUGGUUUCUAUACAGUAUAUCUGCAGGGUCGGUGUCUGGGGCCCAGGCUUGUGAGGUUUCAUAGCCGUUCGACAAAGUGCUCAUUCCUGGUCACCUUUUUAAACGCCUGUUUCCGAAAAGGAGAAAAGAUCACGUUCCAGAAUUUGCCAAGUCUGUAAAAAAGGACCUGCUGCUUCUGCCGGCUACGCGUCCUUGUCAGUCAGGCCAACGUUGCAGUGCUUCUUGGAGAGCGGCGCAGCAGCUGAGCUCGGAUUGGUCGGAUUAGAAACUGGGGCAGGUUUUUGCCAUGGUGUUGCUAUGUUCAUGGUAUAUUGCUCAGUUUCAGCUGGAUCUGUGACUGAUAGGCUCUCCUCAGCAGUGCCUGAUGAUGGGAGGAAUUUCCCGCCUCUUUUUAUUUGUUAGUCUGUUCUGUUUGUUGUUUUUUUUGUUUUGUUUUGUUUUUUUGUUUCGUUUGUUUUUGUCUGUUGUCGUUUUCAGAACAAGCAUCGCCAGGAUGGGAGACUGCUCUGUAGUGCGUAUCCGUCUGCCGCAGGCUUUCCUGGCAACACUGUUUUGAAACAGCAGACCGUUUUUUAACAAUGUCCUACACAUUUCCCCCCCUCAGCAGCUGUGAAUACGAGCCACUUAGGGUCAACUCAGCCUAUCAGUGUUGUUUGCGGCGAUGUGUUGUGCAGGUUGGUAUUAUUGCACAGCACAGACGGACAAAGUUGGGACAAGCUCACACUUUGUAAUUUCCUUUAAAAACGAAACAUCAUCAAAUUUCAGGCAACUCAUUUCGAAAGCAUCAACGUAACACCAGUUCUUUUUUUUUAAUGGCUAAAUCUGUAAUGUCACACCCCGGUAAAUAUUACAAUUGCACACAGGUGCGAAAAAUGUAGAUUGUACAUUGAUUUUCAUUAUACAGUUGAGUGUUUCAAGGAUGCUCUUGAAAACCACAGGUGCUCUCUCCCGUCUGGAGGAGCGAGGUGUUGUCUCGCGCAACGUCCGCACCGUCGGCUGCAUUCUCCAGCUCUUUGACUGCUCAUGAGACUACUGUUGCCCAGUCAGACACUGUUCAUCAGCAUUAUCUUUUGUUCCUUUACCCACUAGUCACCCCCUCUUAAGAAUCAUUUAAAUUUGAUUCGAACCUAAACAUUCGAAAUGAAGCUAGUUACAUGAACAGAAAAUCGAAAAUGUAAAUCAAAUUGACACGCCCACAUAAAGACUUGCUGUGGUCGAAAUUGAUGUCUCACCGUGUGAGCACGAAGUAUUUCACAACUCGAAAUAGCGUUGCAUGCGCGACCGUCUCCCCUUCUCACUUAUUUUCAUUCUCCUUUAACGGUGUUCUUUUGUUCGUGACUCACUUCGUGGAGUUUAAGUGCCGUGUCUUUGUGCGUGUGCUCUGUAUACAAAGAAUGGCUCUUUUUCUCCAAUGCUACACCAGCUUAGAUUGUCCUUACGGGGAAAAUUUCAUAAAGCAGAUCCUCAUUCGUCUACGAAAUUCAGCCGGCAGUAUGUACUGUUGAGAUCGAGCCACUUUUUGCUAUAAAUGUACAUAGACAUUACAAAAACCAAGAUGAAUUGACAAAUACAUAACAUUUAAAUCGCUCUGUGUUUUUUCCCGUUUUUUUUUUUUUUUUGGCUCACCCGAAAAAAAACACAGACGUCGUAAUUAUUAAUUUCUGCCCUCCUUUUUGGGGAACAGGCAUUCCUGUAUAGAUAAAAUGGUUUUUAUGCAGUGGAUAAGAUUCAUUUAAUGAACCCUACCUUUCAUCAUUACCGUGUUUAUGCCAAAUAUACCAAACUAGCAAACAGCGCCUAUUAAUAAUGUUUUUAUUGUUUCGUUUUUUUUUUUUUUUUUUUUUCAUUUAUAACGGCUCUCACAGUCAGUACACAACAUCAAGGUACAAUAGAACUAUUCAGAACCUGGAUUAUCAAAGUAUUGUGUAUAUAACAGAUAAAUGUGAAUAUGUAUCUGUUCAGAAUCAACAAAAUGUAGUGCUCCGAGUUUGUGGUAAUAACUACUUGCUUCCAUUUUGUUUGUUUUUUUUGUUUUUUGAGAUAUGUAUGGCUGUCUGAAAGCGUGUAUGUGUGUGAUUAAUACUGUAUAUCUGGUGUUUAAAAUGGAAAAACAGACAAAUGUCCUGAUUUUGAUUUUCUUUUUUUCUUUUUUUUCCUCCUUCUUCUUCUUUUUUUUUUUUUUAAUACCUGCAACUUUUCCUGUGGGUGUUGAGAUUGCUCUAUAUGUGAGAAUGGUUUAGCGACUGCUGAAUGUGACUUUGCUGAGGGAGAAGCAGCAUGGACUGGCUUUUGUACGGGUUAAUUUAAAAAAAAAAAAAAAGGCCAUAUUAUUUAAUUUCUCUGUUGUCAAAGUUUAAACAGCUCUGACAAAGUGGAACCUUGGUUUGAGAACAGCGCUGGCUCAUUGUAGUGGGGUUUCGUCAACUGCCUGAUGUAGUUUUGCCAUGUGUAAACGCUCUUAAGACAAGAACGGAAUAAUGACCAAAGCUUCAAGAUACUAAAAGAUUCAUAUCAUAUGCAAGGUUCAUGCAAUUGGACAAAUGUAGCAUCGAGUUUUUCCUGAAUAGGCGUCCCAUAUCCCGUCAUGUUUAUAACACUACCAUUUUGUUCCACACUUUUAAUUUAUUGUUUAGACAUCACUUCCCCUAGCUGGUUUGAUUAUUUUCGAAGAUGUUCGGUAGUGAAUUAUCUUCAGACAUUCCCCCGUUGCUACUGAUCUACCAAACAUGCAAAUGCCUCUUCGGGAGGAACUUUAGUCACCGUUUUCAGGAAGACAGAUUUCUAACCGCCAGCUAUGCACGUUUAGAGGUUAAAUGAAAAGCAUUUGGCUUUUGUUUUAAAUCUGACACGACUCAAAACUGAUUAUUGCUUUGACUGCAGUAUUCUAGCCAUGCAUGCUAACAAAUAUCUCCUGUUUUUCCUCUAUUUUGUUUUUUUAAACUCAAGGAUAUACAUAAUUUGUAGUUCGAAACAAGUGGUUUUGAGCUACUCGGGCUAAAAACGAGAAAACCAUACUGAUGCAACUCUACUUAGAUAUUUGACUUUAUUUAGCUGGAUUCUUUAUACCAAAUUUGAGGUGCCUCUUGUACAUAUUUUCAGCAUAGAGGACUGCUCCUCACCAUUUGAUGAACGUUUUCUUGUUUAUGAGGAUUUUCUUAUACUGACCUUUGUAAGACUUUUGCUGUAUUUUACAUGAAUUUUUUACUAAAAACCUAAAUGUACCAGGAACUUGCAAGGAAUACAAUCUAGUUUUGCACUUUACAUGAAUUACAAGGAAAGAGGCCAUGUCAAAAUCAGAAUAUAUGUUCACGAAAAAGAACGAAUACCCCCUGAAUGUACUUUCGCAAAGUGAAACGCCAUUUCGCUUUCCACGGAAAAUCAAAAAAACGCUUCUCAGGUUCUUCAGGAAGAACUUGGCUUGUCAGGCCCUCAUCAUUGGAUCUCUUAAACGAGCAGGGUAGCGGAGCCUUUGCUACAUGGGUGUUGUUUCUGCUGCAGAACCGUAGAUCUAACUAUGCCUAUCUUCUUCAGGUGCUCCACCUCCCCUUUGCCCCGUCCUUUUAGACCUCCUGGCUUUAUCUUUUGAAGACAUUCCUCAUCUGACUCUGCUUUCUGUUCAUCGCGGUCUGUGUCGUAGGCUUUGAGAGUCGUUUCAGGCCCCGCACGCUCAGUGCCAAGUGCUAAGAACCAUUUAUGCAAACUCGUACAAUCUGCAUUUCCUCAUAUCAUAGUAGUGAAUCCUACGCAUCGACCACCACACACUCUCCUCGUCAUUCAGAUGUCAUCUCUACAUGGUAUCAUCUACAGUAGCUACUGUUUACCUGAGAUUUUUCACAUAUUGUAAGUGCUGCCUUAUUAAUAUACAGAUAUAUUAGUUGUAUUGGUGAAGGGAAGUCGUGCUUGUAGCUCCACUGAAACGGCGCUUGUUCUUUCAAGGCGAGGUUCCACUUUUCACCUGUAAAAUUAAUAUAAAUAAACAAAUAUAUAUAGAUAUAUACAUUUUACUCAUUUUGUCCAGUUUUGUAUAAUACUUGUGAACUUUUUUUUUUUUUUUUCUUAAGAGGUAUCAUUGCAGCUGUGUGUGGGACAUUAUGAAUGAAGAUGUAUCUGGGAGACUUCUGCAUGUUUUGUCAUGUUUUUAUUUUGUUCGUUUUUUUUGUUUUCUCUAUAUCCAGGUUUAUCUGGAGAAUCCUACCUUUCUUAGGACGUUGUAGACAAUCAGUCACAUGCUGGGUCCAGCACCUGUAGGAUUGUCCUGCAGGCUGCAAAACUGUGUUUCGCAUCUACUGAAUCAGUCUUAUUUUUCUUGUCCAUUUCAUGGAAUUAUGUGGCUGCUCAAACUGAGAUUUGAAGUUUACACACAUACAUUUACACAUACACACACACGCAUACACAUACACUCAGACAAACAAGAAACAUUCACUCACACCUCGUGCAUAUGGCCCCUUUGUUGCUUUUCCAAGGUGAAGAUACAUACCUUGAAGGAAAUUAUGCUUUUGACUAACAAAUCUCUAUAACAUCCAUGAAUGUGAGAAUGCAACACAUUGCAAUAAAGCACCAUGUAAAAAAAAAA